AUGAAUAGACUCAAAUACCCUAAGUUAACGCCCUUGAGAGAUACUGAUCUUUCCAACCCAGUGCCCCUGUGCUACCAGAUGGAUGGAUCUUCCGAAAAGAAAGAAAAACCAAAAUUGCUUGCACUCGAAGACCGUAAUGUAGCUCGGAAAGACAGAGUGGAUGGCUGGAAGAAGAUGAAGCACGAGAAGAUUGUUAUUCGAAUGAGCACUGGCCAAGCUACUUCAGAUCCGAUGUGCGACGACUCUUCAUCAUGGUUAUAA